AUGGCAUCUGGUUCGCCUCGGACGCGAAUUGAUCAGUUCUAUGCUUCAAAGAAGAAGAAGAAAUGUUUGUCACCUGGUUUGAAGUCUGGGAAAAUUCAAAAAGAUGCGACAAUUACAAUUGAAGGGUCUCCAAGUGGUAAAGGUUCUCUAGACAGCUACUUAGUGAAUUCACAAGAUGAUAAUUCUCCUGCUAAGCCUCUGCACACAGCUCAUGGUUCAUCACCUAGGCAUGAUCUAGUUAAGCGAAACCUAGGAUUGAAGAUUGGUUUGUCUUCCAAAGAGGAAACUGAAGAAGCCUGUUCAUCAACCCAGGGAUGUUAUAAAAUUUCUGAAGCCGUUAGAGAGGCUGAGAAGGAAAAAUCUGAGGUUUCUUCUGUUGUUGGUGAUGAUAUAGUCAGAGGUCUUGAAAAGGAUUGCUCAGAUUCCUUGCACAGUGGGGGGAAUACCGAGCUUAAACAGUUUACUGCUGACUUUUUGUCAUUUUAUUGUAGUGAGCUUCCUUCUUCUGCAAGUCAACCAUUAGAGGCACAACUGAAUGUACAUAAAAGGAAAGGUAGCCCGUCUGUACUAGAUUUGGGGGUUGCAUCAUCUAAAAGAAGGCAUUGCCCAACUGAUGGGGACCAGGCCCAUGCUGAGGGUGAAUUCAUUUGCUGCACGGAUAAGUAUCCCAACAACAUGCAGUCCGAUCAUAUCAGGAAAUCUGGCGAAGCUAUUUUCAACAGUUCCAGUGAGGAGAUUUGUGGUAAUGGUCACACAGAACUUCAAGUGAGCUUGAGAAAAUGCAAUAAGACAUCUAGGGCAACGUUUCCUGUCAUGGAAUGUGACACACCUGGUCCUUUUAUUAUUAACAGUGGAGCCCGUGAUACUCCCAAGUCAACACGUGGAAGUUCCAUAUUUUCACCUGGAGAAACAUUCUGGAAUGAAGCAAUUCAAGUUGCUGAUGGUUUGUUUGCUACAAGUGAUAACCUUUCUGUUAAGGUUGCUGAAGAAAUGAAAGUUUUGAAUAGGCAGGAUAAGAUAAAGAGCUCAACAAAUAUGAGAAAUGGAGAUCGUGGCAGCAAGUUGAACGAAGUACUAAAUGAUGGUGCAAUCAAAGUAUGUGAUAUGGAAAUGAGUGCUUCUUUAGGGUCACUGGGGAAGCAAGGAAAAGAUUCAAACAAAGAAGUGUCACCAUUACCUGUCAAGCAUUUUGACUUUUCUCGCGAGGACAAAAAUUUGGAUGAGGAUACGUCAUAUUGGUGUUCGGGAAAUGAUACGAAAUGUCUUAUGCUUAAGGAGGGUGAACAAAAGGGAUGUAUUUCCGUCAGUAAUCAUAAUCUGGAAACCGCUAAUAUUACUGCCCAUUGCAGCAAAGCUCACAUAAAUGGGGAUUUUCAUCAAGUACAAGAGAUGACUUCCAAUUGUGCUGUUGCAAAUAGGAAAGACGCAAUUGGAACUCAAGAUAGUGAUCACAUCACAUCUAAUACACCGGAUAAGGGAACUGGGGGUUUCACUGCUGUCCUUGAAUAUAAUGAACACACACCAUCGAGUUUCAUGCCGCUAAAGGAUCGUUUGGAUCUUAGCAAUUGGCUUCCUUCUGAAAUCUGCAGCAUAUAUAGGAAAAGGGGAAUACUGAAAUUGUAUCCAUGGCAGGUUGACUGCCUUCAGGUGGAUGGCGUCUUAGAGAAAAGAAAUCUUGUAUACUGUGCAUCUACCAGUGCGGGUAAAAGUUUUGUUGCUGAAAUUUUAAUGUUGCGGCGGGUCUUAUCAACUGGGAAAAUGGCACUUCUUGUUUUGCCUUAUGUAUCAAUAUGUGCAGAAAAGGCAGAACAUCUUGAGGCACUCUUGGAACCACUUGAUAAGCAUGUACGCAGUUAUUAUGGGAACCAAGGGGGUGGAACUCUUCCUAAAGAUACCUCUGUAGCUGUCUGCACAAUAGAGAAGGCGAACUCUUUAGUUAACAGAUUGCUAGAGGAGGGUCGUCUAUCAGAGGUUGGAAUUAUUGUGAUAGAUGAGCUGCACAUGGUGGGUGAUCAGACUAGAGGUUACUUAUUGGAACUUAUGUUGACGAAGCUUCACUAUGCAGCUGGUGAAGGCACUGCAGAUUCGUCUAGUGGAGAAAGUUCAGGUAUGAGCAGUGGUAAAUCCGACCCUGCUCAUGGUCUCCAAAUUGUUGGGAUGAGCGCGACCUUGCCAAAUGUGGUUGCGAUUGCUGAUUGGCUUCAUGCAGCAUUGUACCAGACCGAUUUUCGACCAGUUCCAUUAGAGGAAUACAUUAAAGUUGGUAAUACUAUUUAUAACAAAAAAAUGGACAUUGUUAGGACAAUUUCAAAAGGAGCUUACCUUGGUGGUAAAGAUCCAGACCAUAUUGUAGAAUUGUGCAAUGAGGUCGUUCAAGAAGGUCAUUCAGUGUUGCUGUUUUGCUCUAGCAGAAAAGGAUGUGAAUCGACUGCUAGGCAUGUGGCGAAAUACCUCAAUAAGUUUUCUGUUGCUUCCGACAACAAACAAACUGAAUUCACUGAUAUUACUACCACUAUUGAUGCCUUGCGAAGGUCUCCUGCUGGGUUGGAUCCUAUAUUGGAAGAAAUUCUUCCUGCUGGUGUUGCCUACCACCAUGCUGGUCUCACGCUUGAGGAGAGAGAGAUUGUUGAAGCCUGUUACCGUAAAGGAUUUGUACGAGUGUUAACUGCUACAUCCACUCUAGCUGCUGGGGUUAACCUGCCUGCCAGGAGGGUCAUUUUCCGACAACCACGUAUUGGUCGUGAUUUUAUUGAUGGGACAAGAUACAGACAGAUGGCUGGUCGUGCUGGUCGAACUGGGAUAGAUACAAAAGGAGAGAGUGUACUAAUUUGCAAACAAGAAGAAGUCAAAAGAGUUUUGGGACUCCUUAAUGACAGUUGUCCACCUCUGCAUUCUUGUUUGUCAGAAGAUAAGAAUGGGAUGAUUCAUGCAAUUUUAGAGGUUGUUGCUGGUGGGAUAGUUCAAACUGCUAAUGAUAUUCAUCGAUAUGUUAGGUGCACUCUUCUCAAUUCAACAAAACCGUUUGAAGAUGUGGUGAAAUCAGCACAGGAUUCUCUUAGGUGGUUAUGCCAUAGAAAAUUUCUUGAAUGGAGUGAAGAUACUAAAUUAUACAGUACCACGCCUCUGGGACGGGCAGCUUUUGGCAGUUCUCUAUGCCCUGAAGAAUCACUUGUUGUGCUGGAUGAUCUUUCGAGGGCAAGAGAAGGAUUUGUCCUUGCAUCUGAUUUGCAUUUGGUAUACUUAGUAACGCCCAUUAAUGUGGAUCUCGAGCCAGAUUGGGAACUGUACUAUGAGAGAUUCAUGGAAUUGUCUGCCCUGGACCAGUUGACCUACAAGGAGUUGAGAAAGGAUACAAGUUGUGCAUCUCAUGGCAUAGCAUUGUUCAUCUUGCUCAUGACAUUCAAAUUUUCUGCAAUUUUCAGAUGCAGUUUAUUUUCAGCUUCGGUGAAUAGAUGUGGACUGUUCAACAGCUCUUUUGACGCCAUCUGUUGUUUGUUUGUAAUUACUACGAGUCUCAAGUCUGAAGUUGUUCAAGUCCCAUGUGUAGUGGAUUCUGAGCUUUACGGAAUGCAAUUUCUAUGA